GCGCCGUCGUGGCGCGACACUGGCGCGUCAGCCCUGGUCAAGUCUGGGAGAUUUAGUAUCUCUUUUUUCAGUCUUUGGGGCUUUUAAAAAAGAGCCACUAGUCUCAAUGCGGAUCGGGCUAUGACAGCUUCCGUGCUCCUCCAUCCCCGCUGGAUCGAGCCCGUCAUGUUCCUCUACGACAACAGCCUGGAGGAGAUCAACAAGAACAUGGAAGCCGGUUUCCACGCGGCGGCGGCGGCGGCCGCAGGCACCAACUUCGCCGCGGCCAACCAGUGCCGGAACCUGAUGGCUCACCCAGCCUCGCUCGCAGCCCCGGGCAGCGCCGCCGCCUACACGUCGAGCGAGGCGCCCGCCGCCGCCGCGGGCAUGGCUGAGCCCGGGGCAUCUGUCAAGCAGUGCAGCCCCUGCUCGGCCGCCGUACAGAGCUCGUCGGGGCCGGCUGCGCUGCCCUACGGCUACUUCGGCAGCGGCUACUUCCCGUGCCGCAUGAGCCACCACAACGCCGCGCUCAAGUCGUGCGCACAGCCCGCCGCCUCCUUCGCCGACAAGUACAUGGACACGUCGGUAGGCGCCGCCGGAGAGGACUUCACCUCCCGCGCCAAGGAGUUCGCCUUCUACCAGGGCUACGCCGCCGGACCCUACCAGCCGGUGCCGGGCUACCUGGAUAUGCCCGUGGUGCCCACCAUCGGAGGCCCCGGGGAGCCCAGGCACGACUCGAUGCUGCCCAUGGAAGGCUACCAGCCCUGGGCUAUCACCAAUGGCUGGAACGGGCAGGUCUACUGCCCCAAGGAACAGAACCAGCCGCCCCACCUCUGGAAAUCCACUCUCCCGGACGUGGUUUCGCACCCUUCGGAUGCCAACUCCUACCGGCGUGGGAGAAAGAAGAGAGUGCCUUACACCAAAGUUCAGUUAAAGGAACUAGAAAGGGAAUAUGCUACAAAUAAAUUCAUUACCAAGGACAAGCGCAGAAGGAUAUCGGCCACUACGAACCUCUCAGAGAGGCAGGUCACAAUCUGGUUCCAAAACAGAAGGGUGAAAGAAAAAAAAGUCAUCAACAAAUUGAAGACGACGAGUUAACGGAUUAAAUGAAAGCGCAGCUGCCAAGAGGCCUAAAAAAAAAAACCCCAACUCUCUUUCUCUAUAUAUUUUUUUGGUCCAGAUUUAAAAAAUAAUAAUAAGUAAAUAAUAAGUAAAAAGAAAAUAAGAAAAGACAAUGAACCUCUUCUUUCACCAGAACUCUCUGUCUCUUUGGAAUUAUGGCUUUUGGAGAGAGUGAGUGAGAGAGAGAGAGAGAGAGAGAGAGAGAGAGAGAGAGAGAGAGAGAGAGAGAGAGAGAGAGAGAAAGUAUGGGUUCUUGAGAAAUGCUUUAAGACUUGUCAGUGCUCCCGAAAUCCAGAAGAGGCUAUUUCAGUGACUGACUCUGAGAUCCCAAAUGCCCAAUCCAGAAAUAUUUCAGUUAAGAAAGAUAAACAUUUUGUCGAGAAAAGCGUGUAAGUAUUACUGUGACUGUUGUAGGACACUAUUUAGGACUGUAAUCUGAAAGAUGGCUUUUUAAAACACACACACACACACACACAUACACACACACCCUUUGCGAUCCAGUUUCUUGCGUUGAUCCCCAAAAGCAUGUUUGAAUGGUUGCUCAGGUAAACACGGGGGUGGGGUGGGGUUGUACAAUUACUGUAUGUUAAAGCAAUGCAUUUUGUGUUUUCUAUUUUAUUUGCUUUCUGGAGGAAAGUACCAAAGACAGCAGUAAUGAAGGAAACUCUGCGAAGGAUGAAUAUUGAAAGGAAAUUAAAACCAAUCUAAACUACCGGGUAUAGAAAGGGGAACCUUACAAAAAAAAAUUGAUUUACUUUCCAAUCGCUCAUUUCUUGAUCCCUAAACUCAGUGAUAAUAGAAUACUCCAGAGAUUUGUAAAGGGAGUCUAUAGCUUUUCAGCAUCAGCUACAUUAAUCAAGUAACAAAUGGUGCAAAUCCCAUAAAUUACUUGGGUAGAAACAGAAACAUGAGAGUGAUAAUUGUGAUGUAACAGAAAUCCCUUUCUAAGAGAAACAAUCUCAAAGGACCUGAUAAUGAAAAUAUAUUUUGCUUCCCAGAGAUAUUUUGAUUUGUAUAUUCUAUAGUUUGAUCUAUGAGUAAGUAGACAUUUUUCCUUCUUUGUUUUCAGUUACCAGGCUGCAUUAGUAAGUAUAGGAAUUCAUUUUACAGCACUUUCACCCAUUGAAACAAAUCAGUCCGCAAUUUCAGCCAGCACAUUAUUAUUCCCCCCCCCUGUUCACUAGGAGAGGCUAUCUUGUAAAUAAUUUUUUUAAUCAGCACACUGUGAAAAUGUAUUGGUGCACCCUUGGUUUGUUUUUUGUUUUUUUAUAUUUUUACUGAAAAUGAAAAUCUAAGAGCUGUAGAAAGAUACUAGUGUUAAUACUGUUAAUAAAAUAGUCGUGCUUAAACCCUC